AUGGUGCUUGCAUUUACUCAUUCCCCGCUUCUCGCCAGGAGUGAUGCUCGUACCGGAAGCAGCAGCGGGAGCAAGGCUGGUGAAAUUCAUGGGGCAAGGCUGCGUUUAACUCUCGGUUUUGAAAAUCGUCGUUUCGGAUUGGCAGGCGACACUUCGCAAUCUUUGACUUGGACAACGAACCCGCGGACGACUGUGACUACUGCCGCCGUAAAAGCAACUAAGAAGCGGAGGGGCACACAUGAUGGGGACCUUAAAAAUGCGAAGCAUGAUGGUGCCAGUGAUAUAGUGUCGUCGCGGGAUAUUGUUAAGACGUGGAGAAACCCUAAUUAUGGGGACCUUGAAUGGGAAAAGAAUACUAAGUUUGAGGGUUUCAUUUCAUCUCGCAGUCGAUGCUACAGUCAUGAUAUUGUCAGGCUGGGCCUGAAAGCACUCUCUUGGUGCGCGGACUACGAGUUUUAUCCACCUAAAUACUUCAUUCAGAUGGGCUUCACACUACACAACGAUUCCUGUGAAGGCUCCGUGCUCGUGACGACCGUCCCUUGGGAUCUCCUGGACAGCUGGCAGCAGGAGAAUGGCCGGGGCCCGCUGGAUCAAUCGCGGACGGUCGUGGGAAUGUUGUUUCUGCCGAGAGAAGCUGUUGACGCCGCAAAGCAGUUGGUGGAGGGAGUGAUAGAGGCCGAGGGUGAUGGCAUGCAGGUGAUAGGAUGGAGGGAGGUACCAGUGGAUACAGAUGCCCUGGGGGAGUAUGGUGAGCUCACCAUGCCCUCCAUCCAUCAGCUCGUUCUCUCCACACCUAACCUGCCUCUGGAUGAAUCUCUUUUCGAGGGUAAGGGAUACUCUCACCUGAGAAAGGCCAUUCAUCUCGCUGCAAACGGGGUUCCUGAACCCCCUGUGGAGGUGAAUCCUGAGGCUCCUUGGGAGCCGUUUAAAGACGUGCACGUUUGCUCCUUCUCUAGCAACUUUGUGGUAUACAAGGCUGUUUGCAGGAACACGGCUUUGGGGGAAUUCUAUUUGGAUCUGAAGAACGAGCUGUUCCGUAGUCGGGUCGUCUCUUAUUGUCGCAUGUUCUGGAGUCACAUCACGUGGGACUUCCAAACCUCGUGGUGUUAG